AUGAAAUCAACAUCAUUAACAUUUAAUUUAUUUUCAUUAGCAAUAUGUUCAAGUGGAUUAUAUGAUUGUUUUUCACAACAAUUACCACCUCAUUUAAUUCGUGGUGGUCAUUUACAAUUUUUAACAAAUAUUUCAUUAAUUUUAACAAUAAUUUAUAUAUUAAUCAAUUUAUUUAUAAAUUUUAAAUUCAUUAAUCAGUAUAAUACAACUAUUUUAUAUAAUAUAGUUAUAAAUUUAGAAUUUAUUGUAACUUUAGGUUAUUGGACUUUACAUUAUAUAUUACCAAGUUUAUUAAAUACAAAAGAAUUACCACCUACUUUUACAUUAGAUUUUAAAAUUCAUUUAUUUCCAUAUUUAUAUUUAUUAUUAAUUAAUGAAAAAAGAAAUAAAUCAGCUUUAUUUUAUACUGGUUUAACAAUUGGAAUUUAUUGGAGUUAUAUUGAAUUUAUUGUUGCAAGUGAUUCAACAAAAUUAAGUAAAUUUGCUUAUCCUUUUUUAAAUAGAGGUGGAUUUUUUGCAAGAUGUGUUUUUAUGAUUGGAUUUUGGACUUUAAGUUGUUUAAAUUAUAUCUUUUUGGGUUAUAUUAAAGGUUGA